AUGAUCCUCGUCCACUGCAUCCAAUUUUACCCAGAUUUGAUUCAGCGCAGAGAUUUGCUGGGCUUUUCCACGGAUGGCGUCCACAAUCCAAAAAGUAAUCCGGAAAGUGUCAGUUUCCUUACCCGUAAAUCAAAGAGGGUUACCGUGUGUAUCAGAAGAAUUCCGACAACAAAGCGCAGUCAAGUUGAUUUUGGCGCGGCAGGUACCACUGUAAAUGCGUUUAGUUUGGUCAGUGUUUCACAGGCAACACACCGAUCCGGCGUCGCCAAUGCUGCCGUGUACAUCCACAACGUGUACUCACCAGUGGACGAUCAUGACGAUGCUGGUUUGAUAAACCAUCAUUCGGUGGAUCGCUUUGAAGACUAUGCAACACUCAUCGCCCUCGGCGAUAUGAUUACGCCAAUCAACCCCAAUCUUGACUCCUCUAAGCCACAAUUACUUGCUCGCCAAUGGUGCGACGCCUUCAUGAGCCGAUUAGGUCAUCAGAGUGUUGUAGAUGGCUGA